CCGGCGAGCAUUCUUCUCGUAGCCGCAGUCCCUGGGCCUCUCCAGCUCGCCUGCCGCACUCGCUAAGCUCCUCCGGCACCGCUCACCUGCCGCUGUCACUGCCACUGCCGCUUCGCGCCCGCUGCAGCUACCAGCUCUGCUCCCUUGCGGCUUCUGCCUCAGAAGAGUUCUUAGCCUGUCCGAAGCCUCAGCACCGGCGAGCAGAUGGAGCUGGACCAUAUGACGACCGGCGGCCUCCACGCCUACCCUGCCCCGCGGGGUGGGCCGGCCGCCAAACCCAAUGUGAUCCUGCAGAUUGGUAAGUGCCGAGCUGAGAUGCUGGAGCACGUACGGAGGACCCACCGGCAUCUGUUGACCGAAGUGUCCAAGCAGGUGGAGCGAGAGCUGAAAGGGUUGCACAGGUCGGUGGGCAAGCUGGAGAACAACUUGGACGGCUAUGUGCCAACCGGCGACUCACAGCGCUGGAAGAAGUCCAUCAAGGCCUGUCUUUGCCGCUGCCAGGAGACCAUCGCCAACCUGGAGCGCUGGGUCAAGCGUGAGAUGCACGUGUGGAGGGAGGUCUUCUACCGUCUGGAGAGGUGGGCCGACCGCCUGGAGUCCAUGGGCGGCAAGUACCCAGUGGGCAGCGAGCCGGCCCGCCACACUGUCUCUGUAGGUGUGGGGGGUCCAGAGCCCUACUGCCAGGAAGCUGAUGGCUAUGACUAUACUGUUAGCCCCUAUGCCAUCACCCCGCCACCUGCCGCAGGAGAGCUGCCUGAACAGGAGUCAGUUGAGGCUCAGCAAUACCAGUCUUGGGGGCCAGGUGAGGAUGGGCAACCAAGCCCUGGUGUGGAUACACAAAUCUUUGAGGACCCACGGGAGUUCCUGAGCCACCUGGAAGAGUACCUGCGGCAGGUGGGUGGCUCUGAAGAAUAUUGGCUAUCCCAGAUCCAGAACCACAUGAAUGGGCCAGCCAAGAAGUGGUGGGAGUUCAAGCAGGGCUCGGUGAAGAACUGGGUGGAGUUCAAGAAGGAGUUUCUGCAGUACAGUGAGGGUACACUGUCCCGUGAAGCCAUUCAGCGGGAGCUGGACCUGCCGCAGAAGCAGGGCGAGCCACUUGACCAGUUCCUCUGGCGCAAGCGGGACCUGUACCAGACACUGUAUGUGGACGCUGAGGAGGAGGAGAUCAUCCAGUAUGUGGUGGGCACCCUGCAGCCCAAGCUCAAGCGUUUUCUGCGCCACCCACUCCCCAAGACCCUGGAGCAGCUCAUCCAGAGGGGCAUGGAAGUGCAGGACGGCCUGGAGCAGGCAGCUGAUCCUUCUGGCACCCCACUGCCCACAGAGGAUGAGACUGAGGCACUCACACCUGCUCUUACCAGCGAGUCAGUAGCCAGUGACAGGACCCAGCCUGAAUAGAGGGGCCAGCCCAGGGUCCCCAGCCUGCCUGCCACACCCAGCCUGUGGCUUUUGCCAACUAGGACUUGAGCUGGGGCUGACUUCUAAAGGGAUGCCCUGUUCAGCUGGACAUCUACUCACCCACUCACAACUGGCCUGACUCACAACUGCCACACAACCAAGCUACAUGGACCAAACAUCAAGAAACCCGUCUCCCAUAGGGCUCCCACCUGCCACCCACCUCUCACCUGUCUGCCCUGGUCCUGGCCCCAGCCCCAUUGGCCUCACCCUCUAUACUCUCAGACCAUCACAGAACACCUUUGGUUUCCAGUGUCCAGGGCCCUUUGGGUAAUCAGGAAACCAGGUGUCUGAAAGGCAAUGAAAAGAAGGCACCAAACCAAAGGAGGCAUCCCAGGGCAGAUGCUAAAGCAGAAUCAGAGAUGCCGAGGGAACCUCAACUUCUGGAGAUGUAGCCCACUCCUACAGACACAGCAGAUCCAGCUGGUACCCUAGCUGCCUCCCAGCGCAACUGGCCGGUCUUGGGC